UUGCCCAAAAGUAAUUUAAGAUCUCAUUAAAAUUGUACCCUUUUUGCGUAAGUACAUGGUUACAUAGUUUCAUGCAGGCCAGGCCAAUUCUUUUCAAAUAUUUUAAUGUGUUUCUGAGAAAAAAGGACUGCAACACAAACAUCAAUUAGUCACGCGUUCCAAGAACUAUCGCCUGUACUAGUAAAGCAGGUAGAGAUAUCUCAAUUCAGGCAAAAAAUGUCGAGUUUCUUGUAAUAUUUAAAAUACUAAAAAGGGUUAGCAACACAUUAACGCUGGUGUGCCUUAAAGUGACAUUUUGAAGAUUUAGAAGGUAUAAAAGGGAUAUAUUUUUUAAAAAAUCUUCAGUUGUAAAUCAUAACUUGUGCAAGACACAAACGAUAAAUAGAUAAGUUAAAUUUUUUUACUAAGAAACAUAAAACAUAAAUUUAAAAAAAUAAAAUAAAAUCGUAAGAACAGUGAACGUAAAAUAAUAAAUAUACGUUAUCUGCGUAAUAUACGUUCUCUCUUGUUACAAUUAAUCGAGAACAGUAAAUAAAUCCUUCACUGAACGUACCCCAGGAACAACGUCGAAACGUCGCUGUGCUGUGUGUGAGCGUCCGAAAAAAAAACAAUAAAAAUAUUUCGUGCACAGAAUUAAAUUCACAAAAAGUUAAAAAUACUCCAUAAAAAAAUGCCUGAAUCGGAUGUAACCAAAAUGACGGAGGCUGACUUGACGCGUGAGCUAAAAUUGCGUUGGCUCGCUACUACGGGCAAUAAAACGGAACUUCACGAUGGCGAUAUUUCCUUGGAAGAUUCGGCUAUUAGCAACGAAGAUGCACUCUUAGACGAAGACGCUGUACUUGCCGACGAAGCAGAAUCUCCUAUUGCUGCAGAUGAGAAUGAACUGCUAAAAAGCCCAAUCCGUACGCCGAAGGCUCCCGAAUCAACUUCGAUUGCUUUAGACGCUUCAAAAAUAUCAGCUAACGCUAAAAAAAUUAUAUUGAAGCGUAAACUUGAUGACGAAAAUAAGACUUCCACAGAAGAUUUUGCAUCAGCUACCACAACAAAAGAGAAUAUCGAGCCGCCGAAAGAAAAAAUACUUAAAAUGAGCGAGCGAAAUCCAAUUACCGUAAGUGAUAUCACCAUUAAGAAGGUAUCAAACACAAAAGCAAAUAGCACAGACUCCAGUGGCGCUGCCAGCGGUAAAGAGGUGGCUACCUUAACUCAAACGGAACGGUUAGAGCUUCGUGCGAAGAAGUUUGGAAUUGACUCAAAUUCAACCAAAAAAACAACUACUCCGACCACCAAACCGGCGCGUAAUAAAAAGCUCAUAAUUGAGCCCAUUGUUAAUGACGCCAAACAAAUUGAGCUGCUUAAAAAACGCGCAGAACGCUUCGGUUGUGUUCUAUCUUCAAAAAUGGCCAAAAUCGAUGCUGCAGAAAAGUUACUGAAACGAAAAGAACGAUUUGGUGCGCGGAAUGGAGCUGCCAUAACCGCUAGUGCAACGCCGGGAACGGCAAACACAAAUUAUGUGUGGGCAGAAAAGGCACGUGCUCGAUUGGAGCGCUUUAAAAGUACACAAACGUCAUUAGCAGCCGAGAAAAAGGUAAUUACUUCAGCGAGCAGCAGCACAGAAAAUAAUGAGUUAAGCAAAGAGUCUGCCCCUCAAGCUACUGUUGCCGGCAAGUAAGCCCGGCCAUAAUAUAAAGUAAUUAUUUGUACCAUCAACCAAAAAAGAAGUAAAGAAGAAGAAAAUAUAUUUGUACUACUCCCACGAAGGGUAUUCUAGUUAAAUUUUUACCUCUAACAUUCAAUUACUAUCAGCGUAUUUAAGCACAAACACUUACUCAAUUGAUCAUACAAAAUUUGUUUGAAAUAAAAUGUAUCGUUUUAAGAGUAUUUUUUUCUUAUUAACUAAAAAAUAAAAUAUUCAAUAUUAACAAAAUUGAAGAAUAAAACCGCAGUGUAAACCUUUUUUAAAUUCAUAAAGACGGUCAGCAAUGCUGCAAUUACCCAUUUUCCGUACCAUCCGCCCAUAACAGCCGACUGGAAGAGCGAGAUACACACACGAGUUAUCGACGCUACUGAGAGCGGAGAAAAUUUCGCCAGCUGCCAACGUGUUUGCACACUUCUGAACAAAUAUAGAAUUUUCGUCAAUAAAUUUCAUAAUUUAUGGGUUCGAAUAUAAACGCAAAUCAAAUAUUCAUGAUUUAUAUGGUAACACAUAAUUUGUUCGGAAUUUAGUUCUCAUUUCUUUUCCUGCGGGACAAGCGUCACUAACGGCAUAAGCAAGCGGUGACAACUUUGUGUUUACAUGGCGCUCUCAUAAGAUAAGUUGCUAUGGACGGAAGAUAUGUUAG